GGCUCAUCCGCACUCGCCUGGGACGCGAGAUAUUUCUCACUGCCCCCGAUUUCCUCCACUCCCACGAAAAGAUCUUCCUCUUCCUCUCUAGGGCGCGAUGGACGUCGACGCGAAGAGAACCGAGGAUGGGAGACGGCCGGAGGAUUUAUAUGGUGCUGCCGAUGACGACGCCGGAGGCAGGAGGGGGAGCGCCGCCGCAGGUCCCGGCUCGGAGCGGCAGGUGAUCCGGUGGGAGAAGUUUCUCCCCCGACGAUCCCUCCGCGUCCUCCUCGUCGAGCAGGACGAUUCCACGCGGCACAUCGUCUCCGCCCUCCUCCGAAAAUGCAGCUACCAUGUCGCGGCGGCGGCCGAUGGACUCAAGGCUUGGGAGGUGUUGAGGGAGAAGCGCUACCACUUCGACCUUGUGCUCACCGAGGUGGAGAUGCCUUCGCUUUCUGGGAUCGGGCUCCUCUCGAGAAUCGUGGCUGCUGAGGAGUGUAGAAACAUUCCGGUUAUAAUGAUGUCUGCUCAAGAUUCCAUUGGUGUAGUCCUGAAGUGCAUGCUAAAAGGUGCUGUGGAUUUUUUGGUGAAACCCGUACGAAAGAAUGAGUUACGAAACUUAUGGCAGCAUGUUUGGAGGAGGCAUUGUUUGAUUAAUUCUACAAAUGUCUCUGACAAUAAUGCUGCUGCUAGCAAUCAUUUGAGUACCAAUAUUGUUGCUGGAUGCAAGACUGGGGAAAACUGUGAUGAUGAUGAUGUUCAGAGUUCUGGCAGUAACCCAGAUGUUCAAAGCAAAAGUGUGAAAAAACAGAUGGAAACACCUCCAGAUAUGGUGAGAAACAUUUCCAAAGAAUCUAAUCCAAAGAAAAUUAUGGAAAACAAGUUGAGCAAUAAUGAUAAAAUUUAUGAGCCCACAAUCAAACUAAGUCAUUCAAGUCUAGAGGUCUCAUUAACUGGGGCCAGAGAGGAAAAUAAUAUUCUGUUCAAUAAACCAAUAUAUAGGGAGGAAGUGGCAUGUGUGAGGUUUCAAGAGGGUAAGGAUGCUGAUUCAAAACCAAAUUGUCAACCUAAUGGAAUGCAUGAAUCUUCCUACAAUGUGAAAGAGUUUAUUGAGCCAAUAGCCAGCAGCAGCUGGAAAUAUGCUGCUUUAAAAAGAGUUUCUUUUACAGAUGCACCAGGUGAAGCCUCAUCAUCUUCUCAUGGUAGAAGUAUUUCUGAGUUGGAUUCCUCCAAGCUACUAGAUCUUACUCUAAGAAGAUUACCGCAGAAUGGAUAUGUGAAUCCAGAGUUCAGAAAAAAUCACGUGUUGAACCAUUCUAAUGCCUCUGCCUUUUCAAAGUAUGGCAACAAGAAGCAGUUUUCUCAAGAACCUGUUUCUUCAUCUUUAUGCAUUAAAGCCAUGGAACCUGUUGACAAAACCCAAUUAAAUGGCAUUAAACCCAGCCAUUUUAAUGAUAAAACUCUUUCCUUAUAUUCUAGAGAAAUGCAAUCAUUCGACCAGGAUAAAGCAAUUGAAGCUUCCUUUCAUUUCCAACUUUCCUCUAGUUGCAACAAUGAGAAUGAUGGAAUCAUCUUAUCUAAUCCAAUACAAGAUGGUUCUUCUGCUUCUCAUCCCAAUGAUGUAGCUGAUUCUGCAUGUCACCCCGUUCAAUUUGGCUUGAUGUCAAUGCCAAUUCCUGUUGAGGCAAUUCCUUACCAACGCUUCUCCGCGGGAUACGGUACUAUAUUGCAGCCAUUAUUCUAUCCGGGGACAUCUUUUCAUCCAAAAACUUCAACUUCCCUAGAAAAAAUAACAGUUCAGGUUUGUGCUGAUGGAAAUAGUCACCAUGAUAAUCAUCUUGCUGACCAUAGUCAGCAUCUUGAAUAUCUUAGCCAUGAAGAAAAUUAUAAACUCCACAAUUGGAGGAGGGCUCAAGUUGAAGCAGAGCUAAGGGAUUCACGAGAUCCUCCUUUGGAACAAGUUGGCCAAAGUGUCUUUUCUAACCAGGAUAUUUAUAAAGAUUGUGGAGUUUCUGGUUGUAGCAAAACAACAGAAGCUGCUGUACAUGCAGCUACUGCUCGAGAGUGUGUGAAUGAAAGUGGGGUUCGUAACUAUAUUGAAAAAGGUUUGGAUGGUGAUCUUUCUCAACGUGAAGCUGCGUUAAUAAAGUUCCGCUUAAAAAGGAAAGACAGAUGCUUUGAGAAAAAGGUUAGAUACCACAGCAGGAAGAAACUUGCAGAACAGAGACCAAGAGUGAAAGGGCAAUUUGUACGUCAAAAGUUUAUAGAUUUGACGACUACAACAGAAGCAGAUGACUGAUUGAAUCUAUUGACACUAAAUGCUCUUCUAGAAGUGGUUCCAUCAGUCAUGUUAACUGCUGGGUCAACAUGUUAACGUUCAUAUUGAGAAUUCUAGAUUUGAUGUUUACUUGAUUUUCUGUAUGUUCUCAACCACCGACGAGCCAAGACUAGCAAAGGAGCUAAAUCAGAAAAAAUCACAUAUUUCCAGUCAGAAUGAAGAAUCCACUCAUAAUGUGUGCAUAAUUGGAAUUUAUCACAUAUCAUACUAAAUUUAUCACAAUCCAUGCUCCUUAUGUUUGUAUAGAUUUAACUUCUUGUAUGCAUAAGCAAAUAGAUGACUGAGGUUAUCAAGUUAUAUGA